AUGGAUACCCGUAAUUCCGUGAAAUCCAAUUCAAGACACGUACAGAUUAUUUCGAAUCUCAUUCCACCAGACGCGCGAUUUCCUCAGACGAAUCAACGAACGCCACCGUCACCGUCACGGCCACCAAUGGCCGAAGAAGAAGUGGCGGCAGAAGUUGAGGCAGCCAUGGCGGUGUACGGCGAAGAUUGCCAGGUCGUUGAAAUCUACCCUCCUCACCUCCUCAUUCACCUCAAGCCCCGUACCGCCGAUGUUUCAUCUCAACAGUUUGUAGAAGCUAGUAUAGCAAUUCGAGCUGGUCCCAAGUAUCCUGAAGAACCACCGCAUAUUAGUAUUGUUGACUCCAAAGGUCUUGAUGAUCAAAAGCAGAACCAUCUGAUAUCUAGCGUUCGUAACAAGGCUUUUGAACUUGCCUCUUGUUUCAUGCUUGUAGCACUUUGUGAGGAAGCAGUGGAUAGACUCUCUAGCAUGAAUCAUCCUGAUGGAAACUGUCCAUUGUGCUUGUAUCCAUUGGUUGAUGAAGAUGUAGGGAGCAAUUCAUUGCCUUUUAUGAAGUUAAUGUCUUGUUUCCACUGCUUUCACUGUGAUUGCAUCAUCAGAUGGUGGAAUUGGCUCCAGAUGCAAAAUGAUACUAAUUUGUCAACAGCUUCAACAUCUUGUAGGGAUAUGCAAGAUGAACAAGGUAUGCAUAAAACGUUGGAAGAGAGUAUAGGAAAGUGCCCUGUUUGUCGUAAAGUUUUCCAUGCCAAGGAUAUUGAACACGUGCUCAACUUGGUUGGGAUUCAUACCCUGUUGGACUCCGGUGGAAUUGAAGUUGAUGAGGACUUUCUCGAGUCCGAAUCAGAGAAAUUUAGGAAAGAAAAGUUCGAGGCUGUAUUGAAACUCCAGCAAGAAAAUAGUGGCUUAAUUGAGCCCAAAAGAAAUGAAGUUUUAUUGCCAGGCAUGUAUCUUCCCAGGCCAGUUACCCUGCCCUUAACAGAAUUGGCGCUGGAAAACAAAGAUCCGACAGCAACAAAUUCGGACAACAAACCUGGCUCUAGCAAGCGCAGCAAUUCUCGCACGAGGAAGCAUAGGACACAAAAUUCAAGAAAACAUGACAGACAGUGGAUUAGGAAAGAGAGAGAGCCAAAAAAUUAA